AUGGCCGCGUUUUAUCGCUACUCCUGUUUAUGGCACGGUUGUGGCAAGCAGUGUACAUCUUUAUUAGACUUAAUCGACCAUAUCGAAGUAGUGCACAUAGAGAAGGACCCAAGAGUUCUCGAGAAACAGGAAGCGGCUCAACCUGCGGCCUUACCGCUUUCCUACAUCAACUGUUUCUUCACCGAUGCAGCACGCAAUGCCAUAAAACAGAAGGAGCCAGUUUUGAGCGUUACAGAACCUUCAACGCCGAGCCCCGACCACGGUGUUAUUAAGAAGAAACGCUCUACUCCUCCUAAAAUCACCCUACAAACAAUUAGUAACUCCGAUGUACUUGACGGGGGAGAUGAUGAUGGAAAUUUGAGCGACAACAGCGACGAUUCUUGGACUUCAGAUAGCUUCGCAAGCGACCUGGUGUUGAAUGCUGUGGCAACGGACGAUGGCGAAGGAAAGCGAUAUAUUUGUCCGGUUCCUGGUUGCGGAAAGCGAUACAAGAAUGUUAACGGGAUUAAAUAUCAUGCGAAAUAUGGACAUCGAAAGGACACAAACAGACCCAAAAUAAAAGCUCACAAAUGCCAUUGCGGGAAAAGCUACAAAAGCCCAAGUGGCCUACGACAUCACAUAGUAACGCAACAUUCUACGACCCCCAAGCACUCAGUGCCUCAAGAACUCGAAAAUGUAGCGUGA